AUGACACAGAGCCAUGUGGACGCGUCGGAUGCUUGGUUAUCCGAUAAUACUUCUACCGACAAUAGCUCUCCAUUGACACGAAGUCUUAGUACGUCAGCGACAUCAGCAGCGGCACUUGUGUCGAAUUUCAGCGAUUUUCACUUGGAUCCUUUUAAUCUGAAAACAAAGUAUGGCGCGCCAUCACCUCACCGUCUACGCGAGACUCGACGCACCUUCACCCUCUAUCUCGAGCCGACAGAAACCUGUUCCCUGGGCCGGUCACUGCAAACGUUUCAAGACCAAUCGUUCAGCCGAUUUGGUCCGAAUCAAGCCCACAACACCAAACCACACGUGUCUAUUCUAGGCCGAGUCCACAUCAAUCGUGGCAUGGACUUUGCCACCAAAUGGGAUACCGUCGAUGCCUUUGUCGACUGCGUGGAUCAACAAAUUCGGCAAUUACAAUCCCGGCUAACCGCACCGUCUUUUCGAGGCUACAGCAUGGUCCAUCGUCCCACGAGUUCGCUCGUGAUUUGCGUCCGAUUGGAUCCGGCCUACUCCUUUUUAGCCACCAACAUUGAACGACAAAUGAAAUCGCAGUGCCACACUCUCGACAUUAGUUCCAUGGAUCGAUUGCAUCUCGCGUACAACGUUUUACGAUCGAUCCCUCACAGUACCAUGAAACAGAUCCGUGAUCUGGCGUCUUCGUUGAUCAAUGUGCGCGAUUGGAUACAGAGGGGCGAGUCUUGGCAGCUUGCUCUAUACGAAGUGAUGCUGGAAAGUCCCAUGGUUGGCGUUCAACGGCAGCUCCGUUGUCUGCGAUCAUGGCCUAUUCAGACCAAAGAUAAAUCAAGCGUGUGGGUUCCGACCUCGUUGCGCAUCCAAUGGGCCAUCUGGUCCAAACUGAUCCAAAACUCCAUUCUUCCACCCAGACAACAGAAAAAGGUAGAAACCGUCGAAAAGCCAUCCUAA